AUGACCCCGAGCGUCUAUGCAUUACAGGUUCAUCUUCUAGGAGAGCAAAUGGUUUCUUUUCACAGAAGAACCAAUCUUGCUGAUUUAGUUGCUGAUGUUGACUUCUCAAAAACGAUGCUGACUGAGUUCUUUUAUAUGAAUCAGACAAAUAAAGAUGCUCAGAAACUCAAUCUCCUCUACAAACAAUUUCCUGAGUUUUUUGUAUGGAGCCCAGGCAAGAAACGGUGGUCUAAAAGAAAGCGUCGAAAAGUUGUUGGAAGAUUGGUGACCGUUAGCCCAGCAGAAGGAGAGAGGUAUUUCUUGAGACUGCUUUUAUCCUGUGUUUGUGGCCCUACUUCGUUCGACCGCUUGUUGACUGUUAAUGGAGUCCGUAUGGCUUCUUUUAGAGAAGCCGCUUUUCAGAUGGGUCUGUUACAAUCUGAUACGUUUAUUGAAGACACCCUUGAUGAGGCUGCUACUUUUCAGAUGCCUUCUUCACUCAGAAACUUGUUUGCUGUGAUGCUAAGUUUCUGCUCCCCGUCAAAUCCCAAAUGCUUGUGGGAGAGAUAUGUGUCUGAGCUAUCAAGGGAUUAUCAAAAAAAUAGUUCACUCACUGGAUAUACUCCGCAAUACAUCAGAAUGCUGGUACUUCAGGAGAUCAGUAAAUUUUUGGAACAAAUGGGUAAAAGCAUGGAUGACUUUCACUUGGUUCCUGACUACAUUGGUGUUACAUUAGAUCAGCGGAUUACAAAAGAAAUUGAAACUGAAAGGAAUAUUCAGUUCACAGAGGAGGAUCUGCUACUGUCUUCGAAGCUUAAUGCCGGCUAUAUAGCCAUUGCUGUUGCAUCGUCUGGCGUUUCUGCCUCUAUACUUCCUGGUGGGAGGACUGCACAUUCACGCUUUAAGAUCCCUCUUGAUAUAUCAGGAAAUAAGUCUUGCCAAGUUAGUAAGCAAAGCUCGACCGCUAAGUUGCUUAUAGAGGCCAAACUUAUAUUGUGGGAUGAAGCUUCAAUGGCUAAGAAGGAAACAAUCGAAGCAUUUGAUAUGCUUCUCAAAGACAUAAUGGAAUGCGAUAAUCCUUUUGGUGGCAAGCUGGUGGUUUUUGGAGGUGACUUCAGGCAGACUCUACCCGUGAUUAAAGAUGCAACAAGAGACGUUUUAGUUCAGUCAAGUGAGGGACGCGAACCAGAAGACAAAGAUGGCAAAAUAUCUUUAUGUAAGGAUAUGACAAUCCCUUAUGAUGGAAAGGAGGCUUCUCUUAACAGGUUAAUCGAAUCUAUUUUUGGUGAUCUAAAUGUGUAUUCUUCGGAUCCAUAUCAGAUAAUUAAUCGGUGUAUUCUAUCAAGAACAAAUAAUGCUGUUGAUGAUGUUAACCAGCUCAUUAUUGAUAGAUUUCCUAGAGAUCCGCAUACUUAUAUAAGUUCUGACAGAACUCUUAACGAAAGAGAUCAAGGAGACUAUGAAGACUUUCUCAAUUCUUUAAAUCCAAAGGGGUUACCACCUCAUAAGUUGAUCUUGAAAGAGAACUGUCCAAUUAUUCUGCUCAGAAACUUAAACCUAAUGGAAGGCCUUUGUAAUGGUACCAGGCUUAUAUGUAGAGAGCUGCGCCACAACACUAUUUGUGCAGAGAUUGCAGUGGGUCAGUACCGCGGUAAAAGAGUUUUCUUGCCAAAGAUUCCUCUCCAAACUUCUGACAGCGAAAAGAAUGGCAUCCCCUUUAAGAGAACUCAGUUUCCUGUCAAGUUAUGUUUUGCAAUGACGAUUAACAAGUCUCAGGGGCAAACUCUGGAUUAUGUAGGGAUUUAUUUGCGCGAGCCUGUUUUCUCUCACGGCUAG